ACAAUGAUGUGAAUUGUCCCUAAUCAAUCCAGAGUUGAAUUUUAACGGGGACCGAUCUCGAGCUCUCCACUGCAAGCUCUUCACAGGUGACAGUCUUCACAGUUGUAAGUUUUCGUGGACAAUUCCCGGCUUCGUUCUAUCUCGUACAAGUUUGUUUCAGGGGCCCUUCUGAGUUACACCCACUCUUGGAACAGCAGUUCAUCCUUGAGGUUCACCACUGUCAUGUCCACCACAGUUUGACUUCUUCUUUGUAGAAAGAGUCGGAUCUGCUUUCCUGCGAAUUUAUCAAAGGAUACCGAUCCUCACAAAUUGUUUCCUGGACCCUCUACAAGGAGAUGGACAAUCCGAUCAUUGUCGGGGCACAGUUUUGCUCACCACUACAGGUUCAGCUCACCGUUGCCAAACAUAUCAUGGAUUUCAAUCACGGUCAAUUGGUUAUAAGUGAUUCCUGUGGCAAUGCUCUCUUCAAGCUGUAUCAGACAAAAGUGCUACUCAGGGAGCUGACCGUUGUACAGGAUGGUGAUGACUGUCCUGUAGUCAGCAUUCAAAAGAAGAGUAUUUCCUUUCACGAUACGUAUCAAGUGUAUAACAAGGACACCAGCGAGCGGCUGUUUUCCGUCAAGGACAAGCACAUGAGGGACAAAGCGUCAGAGACAUUCGAGAUUGAACUUGAGGACGAUCUACAGCCUACCUUUGAAGUGAAGGGUGACUUUGUUCGCCGUAACUACAAAAUCAUUUACAGAGGCUCAGUCGUGGUCGCAGAGGUCCAACAAGGUCACAUGUCGUUAUAUUCCGAGGUGACGGGAAAGAGGAAGUACGGGGUGGUUAUUCCCCCGAAGAUUGACCAGGCCUUCGUUGCUGCUGUCGUGAUUAUCAUGGAAGCCAUUCACAAUGAAGGUAAAGAGAGAAGUGGCAAUUAUAGAGACUCUUCAGACUCUGACAGCGAUCACUGAGACAGACAGUCCGAAAUUCUUCGGACUUCUUCUUGCCCUCUCGAGCACAUCUCAUCCCGAUCUGGUAUAGAUUCCAUAUGUAACUAGGUACAAUAUCUUUCGCUCGAAUUUCUCCUCGCGAAAUUGUGCAGCACCAUGUAAUUUUCAACUUUGCAGGCAGCCUUUCGCAAUGCUUCUGAAAUCUGAUCCACCCUGCUUCGGCUAUGACACGCUGGGAUCGAUCUCACUUGUGCUUGUGAGCUGAUCAGAUCUUACAGUAAACAUUCAAAUGAGUUAGUUAAUCGAGUCGAGUCGUCUAGUACCCAACAUGUUCUGCAACCUACGCUCCUGCUCGUUUGUAGGGCGUCACGUUUCAUUUCCUUCUCCAGAACUUUCGGGCGGACCCGCUUUUGAGGAGUCAAAUUCCUCGAAACUUUCCUCGCUUUUCAGAGGAAGUGCAGAACAAAUCGUUCUGUCUUAAAGCAGAAGUAUUCUCAGGACAUGGCAGGUUGUGUUGCAACUCUCAAUGUGACUUUCUGCUGGCCACCGAAUGGCUGAUAAACAACACGAUAGAACAUAAACAUUGAAGUGAAAUUCUCGGGAGAAGCAGCCAUGCCGAGAUGGAGAUGAUCGAUGGCGGAGGUCCUUUGAAGUGAUAUUUUUUAGAUCGGUCGUAGUAAUCACCUCAAUCCAUGAUAACGAGGUAGUUAUGUCCAAAUUUUGUUGGUGAUAUUAAUUUAACUCUAUAUACACCCAACACACACCCACUUAGUAUAAACCGCACACACCCAAGAAAUGCCACCCAAGUAAUCGCGCAGCAGUG